AUGCUUCUUUCCCUAUUUACGGUCGUAACGUUUCCGAAUGGUGGAUGCGCUGGCGCAUCGGGUGACAAUGGAACGUGUAUGGCUGCGCGUGAGUGCUCUUCAAGAGGUGGUUCGGCUAAUGGAUACUGCGCUAAUGGUUUUGGUCUCUGCUGUGUUUUUAUGACAUCAUGCGGCAGCACAUCAUCGGAGAAUGGUACAUAUUUUGUCAAUUCUGGAUAUCCCUCGCCGUAUGAUGGCACUGGCUCGUGUGAACUUACUAUAAACAAAUCACAUUCAACCGUCUGUCAAAUAAGAUUAGACUUCGAUCGCUUUGUGAUAGCCGGUCCGGAGAAAACGAACAACGUCUGUAAUAGAGAUCAGUUCAUUGUAUCUGGAGGUAACCCAGUGCCUGCUAUUUGUGGAAUGAACCAGGGAAGUCACAUGUACAUUGAUGCUGGAAUAGGUACAACAAAUCCCGUUAAAUUGACAUUUGUGUCCGGUGGUACAUCGUUCGAAAGGAUAUGGAAAGUAAAAGUUACUCAAAUACCCUGUGAUACUAUUUAUAAAGCUGACGAGGGAUGCCUUCAAUAUUACACCGGAGUUUCCGGUCAACUGCGGUCCUUUAACUACGACCCCACUUCUGGUUUACAACUAAGUAAUCAAGAUUAUGGUAUUUGUAUUCGAAUGGAGAGAAACUUUUGCGGAAUUCAAUAUACAGCUUGUCCGGACAACGUUAACAAUCGAUCCCGUUCAUUCACGUUAAGUGGCAACAGUAAUGGUCCAGUUAACUCAAUGAUAGGUUCUGGAGUUGGACCAAAUAAUUGUGCCAACGAUUGGCUGUUAAUACCAUGUGCCGCAAAUGUUGGUAGAAUACAGCCAGCGCAAGCUUUAUGCACAGAUAGGAUUUGUGGUGGGACUUUCUCAGCUGAUUUGUCUAUGCAAUCUGCGUCGGUCUUGAGUACAGUUAAACCAUUUCGUCUUUGGUUUCAUACAGACAAUAUUGAAGCGCCGGUUGACAUCGACAAUAGAGGGUUUUGUCUGAACUACGUACAACAACCUUGUACAAAUAAUGUUAUAUGA